CAGUUUACGUCGGAACUAAUGAGUUGGUUGUCGGACUGUUUUCAGCGUAACACCAGGUGGUGAUAAAUAAGAGUAGGUUGUUACCCGCUAGCCGUAAACUCGGGUCGCUCCGAUGGCCGGGGGAGAAGCGACGGGCGUCGACCUCAGCAGGAAGUUCGUGUCUGAAUCGGAGCUCGACGAGAGGAGGAAGAAGAGGCAGGAGGAAUGGGAGAAAGUCCGAAAGCCCGACGACCCAGAGGAGGUCCCGGAGGAGGAGUACGACCCCCGCUGCCUGUAUGACCGGCUGCAGGAGCAAAAGGAGAAGAAACAGCAGGAAUUUGAGGAGCAGUUCAAGUUCAGAAACAUGGUGAGGGGACUGGACGAGGACGAGACCAGUUUCCUGGACGAGGUUUCCCGGCAGCAGGUCCUGGUGGAGAAGCAACGCAGAGAUGAGGAGAAGCAGGAGCUCUUGGAAUACCGAAGCGCUCUGGUCAAGCAAGCUUCAGCAUCUGCGGAGAGUCGGAGAGAGUCAGAAAAGAAGGCGGGGCCUAAACAGUCGGGGGCGGAGCCAAAGACCAGCCACCUGUCUCAGGCUCAUUUAUUAGUAGGAGCUGUGAAGAGACGCAGCUCCUCGCAGUCGUCAGACGGCGGCAAGAAGCCGAGGGUGGAGAAAACGAGAGGUAUUGGAGACAGACUCGCAGAGCAGGACGGAGGAAGCAGGGAAGUUGAGGACCGCCGAGCCGUCCCCGGCCUCACAGCAAAGACGCCGGCGUCGGCCGCCCACGGCAUGCUGCACCUGCCGCCGGCGGCCGUGUGCGUCGGCGUCUUACCGGGGCUGUGCGCGUACUCUGGCAGCAGCGACUCCGACAGCAGCUCGGACAGCGAAGGUAGCGUGGACGCAAUCAUGUCGCCGUAUCCGCGGCACAACAGGGCCUACAGAUAGACACACACUCACCCACCCACAGAAACACUAAGCGUUCAGCUGCAGCUCCAUAGCUGCACGUCACUGUAAAAAUCCUUCAAAUGUGGAUACAAGCAUUAAAAUUUGCUUGCAGCAGAAAAAUGGCAGCCAUCUUGAACUAUCAAGAUGUCUACCAUUAUGUAAUAUUUGCAAAUUUAGAGCAAAAAUAAAUUUUUCUUGAUAACUAUCUUAAAAAAACAGCAGCCAUAUAAAAUUGUUCAAAAUGACUGGAAAAUGGCAGGGAAAACUUGACAACCAUCUUGAAAAAUUGCAGCCAUCUUAAUUUUUUUAAUGACAAAUGGAUGGAUUAUUACAGAUUUAAUGCAAACAUUUUUGAAAAAUUACAGCCAUCUUGAAUUUUCCACAAUGGCUGUUAAAUAUUUGCAAUUUUAGUACAAAAACUAAUUUUGCUUGAUGAACGGCUUGAAUUUUUCAGUGACUAAUGUGUUAAAUAUUUGCAAAUUUAGUGCAAAAAUUAAUUUUCCAUGAUGACCAUACUACAUUUUUCAAGAUGGCUGCCAUUUUUAGAUAUGUGCAAAUUCUCCUUAACCAUCUUGGAAAGUGGCAGCCAUCUUUAAUUUUUCGGUGGCUAUAGUUUAUCGUUUCUCCAAGAAUUAAUCCGCUGGGAUUAUCUGUGCCAGUUUAGGUUCUUGUAUCCGCACGUGAAAGAUUUUGUUGAAAUCUUGAGUUACCUGCUGCAGCUUGUAGAGGUGUGUUCACUCCGUUCCUCUCCCAGCUGUGAGUUUAACUGUUUCUCUUUGUCUCCAGACAAAGUUCAGCCCUAAAUCUCUACCUGAUCUGUGCAUAAUUUCAUGUUUUCUCUGAAAUGUGACUCCUUCCCUCGAUCACAUCUCAUGCAGUUUAAGCCGACCCCCCCUGAACCCACAGCGACUGCAGGCUGUGCUAUUGGCUGAGGGAACAGAGACUGACAGCUGUGGAGCGAAGAAGAGAGGUCGCUUUAGGACUCACUGUAGGACUUUACGUUUGAUGUGUUUUAUCAUCAGAGGAAACUUCUUUCUGUCUCAGAUGUUGAAAUAUUCUGUGUUUACAGACAGAUUUGUGAGAGUGUGUGACAGUACGACAGCGCUCCCUGCAACUGUCAUGUUGUAAUAAACUGAUUUAUUGAUCAGAAUCA